AGAGAGAGAGAUAACAAGAGUGAGAGGAAGAGAGAGAACAAGAGAGAGAGAGAGAGAGAGAGAGAAAGAGAGAGAAAGAGAGAGAGGAAGCUCUGGUGAGCUCUUUCUUCUCUUUUCUUUCACCCCUUGUUUAGUGUGAGAGAGAGCGAGAACAAGAGAAGAAGGGAGGUUUCAAAACUUGAAUAGCUUUAAUCUGGACUGUAGUAUUUCUCUUAGCAGAGUGGAGCUGCCUGAUUCAGGUGAACGAGACUGUAUUUCUCUGUGUGGACUGUAUAGUACCGCUGGGCUAACCAUGUCAGAGAGCAUCGUUAGGAAGGUACAACCCUUCACCAUCGGAACCAGGCUCUCCGUCUCUGGACCUUCCACCAGGUCUAAAGGUCCAAACUUCCCCCAGCAGCCGUCCUGGCAGAGCGACCGGGUCUCCCUCUACCUCAGCCAGGUGCAGGUGAGUGUGGCUACUCCUCAUCUAGCUCCCCUUGCUAACCGGACCACCCCAACAUCUGUACCUGUUAAACAGCAGCAGGAGGACAUAUCUACCCAGGACCACCGGAACCAGAAUACCAUGUCUGUGUCUCCCAACUCCCACCGGAGCUCUGUCUCUCCUACCGCCACUUCCAGAUCCAUCAGCAAGAUCACCAUCUCUGGGAGCCCAGAGGACAGCUCCUGGAGGAGACAGGAGGAGUCAGACCACAGGGUGGUUAUUGAGAAGGAGGACAGCUCCUGGAGGAGACAGGAGGAGUCAGACCACAGGGUGGUCAUUGAGAAGGAGGACAGCUCCUGGAGGAGACAGGAGGAGUCAGACCACAGGGUGGUCAUUGAGAAGGAGGACAGCUCCUGGAGGAGACAGGAGGAGUCAGACCACAGGGUGGUCAUUGAGAAGGAGGACAGCUCCUGGAGGACACAGGAGGAGUCAGACCACAGGGUGGUCAGUAUAGGACCAGGACCGGGACGACCCCCUGUCACAGGAACUCCCGGAUCAGAAAACAUCAACAACAACAACAACAACAUCAGCAGCUCCAAGCAACAGCUGCCCAGAAUAGUGGGAGUCAGCUGUGAGAACCAACCCAGCUCACAUAUUAAGGACCAUGGCAGCAUGUUUGGGUUCCUACAGACAUUGGGGCCCAGAGCAAGGUCCCCAAGGAAAGACAGAGAUGCUGAGACAGUAGUGGUAGCCCAGAAUGACAGCUACACCCAACGCACUUCCCUCUUUAACCAGGAAGUACUACAGGAGGGUAGAGGGUUAAUCAGAGCCCAGCACCCCGGCAACUCUAAGAUCCAGGACUUCUUGAUUCGGCUGGAGGAGUUAUGGGAGGAGCUAAGGAGACGACAUCACAGGAACCAGGUCUACCUGCAGGCAGGGGAGGAGAUGAGCUUUAGGACAGUACAUCUCCUCCAGGCCUUGGGUAGUAUAGAAGCCUGGUUGGAGGCAGCAGAGCUGUCCAUGUCGAACUCCCAGUUGGCAGUAGACCCAGAGACCAUGAGGCUGGCUGAGAGAGACAGCUGCCUGCUCCAGACAGAGAUGUCCUGCCGGGGAAUGGAGCUAACAGCACUCAGACAGGAGAUGGACAGGCUGGGUGGUCAGCGGGAGGGUCAGUGCCCAGGAUACCCCAACACUGAGGGCCUUCAGGUGCCACAACACCACACACAGGUCCUCCCAGAUCUUAUGGACCAGGUGGAGAGAAAGUACCAACGUGUCCAGACCGCGUUGACCCAGCAGAGUUCGUCGCUGCAGGACACCAGGAUGCUGACAGAGUUUCUGGAGCGGGUGGAGCUAGAGGAGAGGGUGGAGCUAGAGGAGACCCAGAAGGCCAGGGGGAGGGGCUACAGCAGUAACCUUGGACAGCCUCUCCACGGUGAGAUCAGCUCAGCUCUUACCCUGCUGGGUGAUGGGUGUGGAAGCGGUGGUGGGGAGCCAAUGAUGGAGCCGCUGGGAAACCCUGUAGAGGAGCUGCAGGAGGCAGUGGAGAUGUUGAAUGACACGGUCAGAGAGAGAGGACGAUCACAGAAUCACAUCCAUGAUCAAGCCAUCCAGACUAUGAUCCGACAGCUGGCUGUGCUGUCAGUGCGUGUGGAGGACAGUCUGUGCUGCAGUAGAAAGCUGAACCAGGAACUCCUACAGAGAGAGAAAGACAUGGCCAUGCGCUGUGAACCAGAACAAUGUGGACUAGAGGGACUGAAGGAACAGCAAGAAAACCUAGAGGUGAAUUAUGCUGUGCUGAAGGAAGAGGUGGAGGAGCUCCAGAGACAGACUGGUUAUCUGGAGGAGCUAUGCCCAGAGAGAGUGACCUUCCUGGCGGUGGAGGUGCAGGGAGCCCUGGGGGUAUGGAGGGAAUUGAGGAGGAACGUAGAGGGGAACAGAGACAGAUUACGACAGUUUGUUCACCUGCAGGACUUCUUCAGGACCUACCUGGCCAUGAUAUCGUGGAUGGAGGACACCCGGGAGUGUAUUUUCUCUGAGAGAGUGUUGCAUUGUGGGAGGGACGACCAGGAGCCAAUGGCUGCGGUGAUGGAGAUGGACGUCCAGAUAGACAGAAAGUUGGAGGAGUUGGAGGAGAUGGAUGCUGCAGGGAGGAACCUGCUGAACGCUGAGCACCACCUGGCCAACAUGAUCCAUGAGCGUCUGGAGGAGUUGAGGUCCAUGCUGGGAUGGAUGCUGGUCCACUGGAGAAACCAGAAACACCAGAGGAGUCAACGCAGGAAUAACGAGACUGAACCUAAUGAAGAUCUUAUCGACUCUGAGCCCCCAACAGAGCAGACUUCUGGAGAUAAUAUCUACUCAAAGACCACAGUAGAGUCCACUAGAGACAACAUCUACUCAGAGACCACAGUAGAGUCCACUAGAGACAACAUCUACUCAGAGACCACAGUAGAGUCCACUAGAGACAACAUCUACUCAGAGACCACAGUAGAGUCCACUAGAGACAACAUCUACUCAGAGACCACAGUAGAGUCCACUAGAGACAACAUCUACUCAGAGACCACAGGAGCAGAUAUCUACACAGAUGAUACAGCCUGCUCCACCCACAGUACCCCUGCUCAGCCAGAGACCCACAGUACCCCUGCUCAGCCAGAGACCCACUUUACCCCUGAACUGAGUGUCUUUGAGGACAGACUGAGGAAAAUAGACACUCUGUACUGUCCCGCAACAGACCAGCAAAGUUGGAAGGACCAAGAGGAUGGCUAUCAGGUGAUGAACAGCAACACAGGGCCUCUAAGGGGCCUCACCUCUCCCCCAGAGACCCACCAAUCCCCCUGCCUGGUCUUAAAAGAGCCCAGCAGCCCAGCCCUCUGCCUGGGGGGCACCAUGAGCCUAGGGGGCACCUCAGUCAACAGCAGCCCUAAGGUUAGAAUGGGGGGGCAGGGGGUUAGCUUGGUGGGCCAGGGGGUUCGCCUGGGGAACCAGGGGGGAAUGGUCUACCUAGGGGGCACCGUCAAGAACAGCCCUACCCUCAGCCUUGGAGGCAGUGUGGACCUGGGGGGUACUGUCAAUCUCAUCCUCAGCUUGGGGAACCAAGGAGACAGUCAUGUGGAGGUGAUGGAGGCUAAUCCUAGGGUGGGUGAGGAGGAGAGCACAGAGCCUGUCCACAGGCCACCUAAAACCUUUUGGAGGUGCUGCCAGGGUCUGUGGGAAAAUACUCUGGGUAGUUUAAAGAGAAAGAUUUAUCGCCAGAGUGCAGAACAGGACAACAACAUGACAUCAGCUCCUGCAUACGAGAGUAUUUUACUGCCCCGCCUCCACACCAAGACCUCCUCCUCUUCAUCCCCCUCCUCCUCCUCCGGGGCUCCUCAAUCUUGCGUCUCUUUCUCCUCCUCCCUGCCCAAGAACACCUCCAUCUUCUCUAGUCUGAAGAUAAGGAGCAAGAAGAGGAGAAGGAAGAGAGACGCUGGCCGCCACACCAUUCAGAAAAUCAUGGUUGUAGAGGGGGAGGAGCAGACAGAGGUGGCAUGUCCUGCUGAAGCUGCACCCCAGCAAAUCACGCUGUACGACACCCAGACCUGGCCAAUGAAGGAGGGCCGGAGGAAGAAGAAGAGCCUAUUAAAGGCCGAGGGGGUGGGGCCAGGGCAGGGGGUGGAACUCGUGGACUACAUGGAUAACCCAUUGGCCAGGGAUAUUGAAGAUGAAUGUUCUGGGGUCUCCACUGUCAGCCCCUAUGCAGUGACAGAGGCAGUCUCUAUAGCUCCACCCAGGGGCCAGGUGAGGAGCCACUGCAGGUUCCUGUCUCUGGGGUCUGUUUUGACCUUCGACCUCUCCAAAGACAUGAGGUUGAUCCCCAGUAUACAGGAUGUCAUCACUAUAGGACUCCCAGAACACAGGGGAACCCCCAACCCAAACCUCAAUCCCAACCCUCACACAGAGACACAUGCAGCCCUCAGCUCUUUCAAACAUACCCGCUCCCCUCCCUCAGACACGCACAGAGGACCAGACAAUGAGGCCGUCACUACUUACAGAUAUGAAACAAUGACACAGAUACAGACACAGCCACUACUGACACUGACACUGACACAGCCACUACUGACAAAGACACAACCACUACCGACACAGACACAACCACUACUGACACAGAUACAGACACAGACACAACCAUUACUGACACAGACACAGCCACUACUGAGACAGACACCGACACAAAUACUAAAACAGACAAAGCCACUGACACAGGCUGUUCAGCUAGAGCCUCUGUCUAAUCUAGAUACAGAUUUUCCUCCUCCUCCUCCUCCUGCCCUGGAUGAGGACUGGGAUCAGAACGUAUCAAGCAAUGACCUAUCCCUAUCACAGAUCCAGACCGUACUCCAGGAGCCUGAGCAAGAGUGGUCGGAGCUCAUCUUCAGCAAGCAACCACCAAUCACAGCUUAUUGCCCAAAGAGUCCCACUCCAAUGAACCGAGACCAUUACAAUUACAUGGAAACGACCAUGGUUAGUAGAAGUCCUAUUGUAAAGAGCAAGGACCCCUGUCCCUCCUCAGCCUAUCAGAACCAUGAGAGCAAGGACCCCUGUCCCUCCUCAGCCUAUCAGAACCAUGAGCGCAAGGACCCCUGUCCCUCCUCAGCCUAUCAGAACCAUGAGCGCAAGGACCCCUGUCCCUCCUCAGCCUAUCAGAACCAUGAGCGCAAGGACCCCUGUCCAUCCUCAGCCUAUAAGAACCAUGAGAGCAAGGACCCCUGUCCCUCCUCAGCCUAUCAGAACCACGAGUGCCUCAUUCAGGACCUCAAUGGACACCAGUACCAUCAUAGGUUGAAGACCCAUAGAGAGAGUGUUGACCUCCAGGAGACCAGCCAGGCUUCUCAGAUGGUUGUGAAUCUGAAGGUCAGUGGGUUAGGGAGUAUGAUGCAAGACUCUAUGGACUCUGGCAUCUCUGGUGUCUCCAACUCUGGGAGCUUGAAGCUCAAUGCACCUGAUGUUCUCCAAGAGCCCCAGCCCAUGAGGACUGUGGUGGGGAGGCUAGUGUCUCUGGAGGAGGGGCGCAUGGAGGCUGUGUCCACACCCAGGGAAAAUCCCACAGAAACCCCAGCUCCUGCCCACCCAGAGACAAAAACAACACCCAGAAACAGACACCACCAGACAGAGACAGAACUCGACUCUGAUCCGCUCGACCCCGACCUCACCAUCCAUCCAGACCACCAGCAGUUUGAGGAGGUAGAGGAGGAGCUGGAGGACAUCUGGAACCAUAGCAAUGGCUACAGACAGAGUAUCUCCUCUGACAUCAUGUACCAGCCACACCAAGAGGAGAAGGAGGGGGGAAGUAGCAACACCCCAGGACUGACCACAGACCCCCUCUCACCCCCCCAGGCCCAGCCCCAGGCUACCCCCUACAGGAAGCUGAUAACAACUUCUGCCCCUAACCUUCUGGUGGCUGAAUUCACACUCCCCUCCUCCCUCCAAACCCUACUGGGGUACAACCAGGACCAGAACCAGGACCAGGGCUUUAGCCAAGACCCUAACUCCAGAGAAGAGCUCCCUAUGCUGGCUAACAGAGACAUGAGGUCCUGGGCAGCUUUCCCUAUUCAGGACCAACCCUGGAGGACCACACCACUGGUCAAUGAAACGGCAGCAGAACCAGUCAAGCUGCCGGAAAUGGAGGACCAGAAGAGAUAUAUCUACCAUUAUAGAGAGGAGGAGGAAGAGGAUGAGGAGGAGAAGAUGGAGGACACAGGUUGUCCAAAGGACCCAUCAAUGAGUCUGCUGUCUGUCCACAUGGGUCUGCACGGAAACAAUCAGCGAGCUACAAGUUGUGGCACUCUGGAAGGUGUCAUGGAAAAGCAUGGAGAGAGUCUGGCCACAGGGGGGCGAUGUGGCACUAUGAAUGGGAGUGGGUCUGAGCUGCAGACGAUGGAGGGAACUCUGGAGAGGAAACACAAGCUGCAGCUGGGAGGGAAGAAGGCCAGGUCUCGAGCAUGGAGCUCCCAUCAUGCAGUGCUUUACAAACAGACACUCUGCUUCUACCAAGACAGAAAGGAUACACUGAGGAACUGUGUGUGUGGCCUGUCUCUAACCCUGACGGGAGCAGAAUGUGUCUCAGCCCCAGAGAACACUAAGAAACCACAGUGUUUCAGUCUGCGCUUAAGAGAUGGCUCAGAGUACCUCCUCAACACAGCAAACCGAUUCAUGAUGAAGAAAUGGAUGCUGAAAAUACAAGCCAACAGUGUGCCCAGUGAGCAUGUCUCCUCCAUGACGUCACCCAGCGACCUCUUGGUUCAGGACCACCCCGCCCCCUUCACCACCUCUUUCCUCUCACAAAGUACCAGCAGGGGGACGACCAGAGCCAAGGAGAUAGUUGUCCUGACCAGAGAGACCAGAGAGACUCACCGUCAGAUCCCUCAGUUGCACCCAGAGAAACAGCAGGACCCAACAUCCUCAUCACAUACAGGCCGUCGUGAAGAUAACUAUGACUCCCUGAGACAGAAACUGUGUGGUAGAUCCAGGGAGAACAGCCCUUCCUCCUUGCACUCCUCCAUCUCUCCUUUCUCCCUCCACAACUCGUCCUCCAUCCCUCCAUUCUCCCUCCACUCCCCUGUCUCUCCUCCUUUCUCCUCUGUCUAUAGAGGUGGUCAGGACUGGCUCAGUCAAGUGAACAAGUGUCACUCAUUUACCUCAGCAAGGUACCAGAAUAUUAAACCAGCGUUGCUGCCCCCAGGAGGCAGAGGCCGGGACUACGGAUCAGUGGGUCUGGACUGUGGGUCAAACUACUCCGUGACUAUGAUUAUAGGAGACAAGCAGUCUGCCGCCUCUCCCACUCUCAGUUGUGAUGGUAGUGGUCCAUCUAUCACCAGUCACACUGACCCACAGCGCCCCCUGCUGGAUGGAUGGCAGCACCACUCAUAUCACCAGGACUCUACUACAAGAAGGCAGCUUCACCGGCACCAAGCAAUGUACCACCACGACCAGGAACCAUCUCUGAGGUCCUGCACCGGUCUGCCUCCGCCACGCAAGAAGUCUGUCUUCAACAAGUUCUUUGGGAAGAAAGACUGAAGCUGUUAUCAAUCAAUCACAUAUUUCUCUUACCUUUCUUUUGGUAUUUUCUUAAAACUGCAUCAUCGUUAGUUAAGGGCUUGUAAGAAAGCAUUUCACUGUUGUAUUCGGCGCAUGUGACAAAUAAAAUUUGAUUUGAUAUUUAUGAAGUCCUUUUUUACUUUUACAGUCCUUUCUUGCCAGACAGCGGAGUUAUAACGGACUGAAGUUAUCAUCAUAGCAGCACGUCUGAACUCUGACGUCUUGAGUUUGCUAUGUGAGGGCUGCUGUACUCUGUAUUUUUACUCAAUAAGGAUUGGAAACCAAGCAGGCGUUGUGUAUUAAUGUGUGGUGCUCAUUAAAUGACACCUGCUACAUACAGUAGCUAAUCUAUUUGUGUUUGAACCAUCCGUGUGUGCUGGUAGUCCUAAGUCCUAAAAGUACAGGUAAAACAAGCUGUGUGUCCUGGAUAAUAGUGGGCCCUGAAAUGAUUGACACCCUUGAUACAUGAUUGACACCCUUGAUACAUGAUUGACACCCUUGAUACAUGAUUGACACCCUUGAUAAAUGAUUGACACC